GGAGAACUUCAGAGAGUGCUUUGGCCAAUAUUUGUACACGCGUAUCUUGAGCUUGUUUCGAAAGAACAUAUUGUUCAAGCGACAGAGUUUUUCGACACUUUCGAAUCGGAUCACAGCACUCAUAUUAAAGAAUUAAAGUCAUUACGUGUAAUAACACAUGCGCAUCAUAUACAGGAGAAUGAGCUUGCUCAAAAUUUUCUAUCUAAGAAAUUUCCGGUACAGAUGACAAAUACAGCAUACGAUAUAUUUAUAGAUUUUUUACAAGACAAAAGUUUUCUAUUAAGAAUAGUGAAUCAGCAUCUUAAUAUUGAAGUUGGCACAUCACAUACCGAGAUUGGUAUUCCCGGUUUCUCAUCACAAGAACUUGAAGAAUUUAAUCAGCAAGAAGUUCUACUGGGACACAUGCCAAUGGACCCAGCUAUGCGUGAUGAAGUUGAGAAAGUGCUUAGUGACGAAGAUAAUUAUCGAAUAGCACAGAUCGAAGCCGAAUAUCAGUCAGGGACUGAUGAACAGAAGGCGAAUGGUAUUGGAUACCAAUCUCACUCACUACAACAAGAGUUCAUUGAAAAGGUUAAAAGGGAACAAAGUUCAGACGCACCCGAUCGAGCAUCUAUUCCGCUACCGUCAUACAAAGGAUCUGAUAUACGUGCACAGGUCGAGCUCAUCAAAGACAUAUCACAAAGAAUAGAACUGGGACCAUCCACCACUCUUCCGUCUGUUUGUUUUUAUACCUUUCAUAACACACAUAAUAGUUUAAAUUGCAUAUCUAUAUCGGAAGAUGCGUCUCUUAUUGCAGGAGGUUUCUCAGAUUCUUGUAUUAAAUUAUGGAGUUUGAAAGGUGAAAAACUGAGAGGAUUCCAAAGUCAUGUUAAUCUUCCCGAAAUAAAUUCAGCAAGCGAUCUUGAAAGUAAACGAGAACAUCCUGGCAGUGACUUUAAAAAACUCCUUGGACACUCUGGACCAAUAUUUGGGUUAAGUUUCAGCCCAGAUAACAAGUAUCUUGUUUCUUGUUCUGAAGAUAGAACCGUAAGACUUUGGAGUACAGAUACCUACACGAGUGUUGUUUGUUAUAAAGGUCACAAUUCACCUGUCUGGGAUGUAGACUUUAGUCCCCAUGGGUUUUAUUUUGCAACUGCAGGUCACGACAGGACUGCAAGAUUAUGGAGUUGUGAUCAUAUUUAUCCUUUGAGGAUCUUUGCCGGGCACUUAUCAGAUGUAGAUUGCGUGAAAUUUCAUCCCAAUUCUAAAUAUGUAAUUACCGGAUCUAUUGAUAAAUCUGUUCGUAUGUGGGAUAUUCAAAGAGGAUCUUGCUUUCGGAUAUUUUCAGGGCAUGUUGGAGGAAUUUAUUGCUUGUCUGUAUCGCCGGAUGGACGUAUAUUGGCUUCUGGGGGUGAAGAUAAAACCAUUAUGUUAUGGGAUCUCGGGAACGGAAAGUUGCUCAAAAAGAUGAUAGGACAUACAGAUGUCAUUUAUUCAUUAGAUUUUAGUAAAGAGGGUACUAUUCUUGCAUCAGGGAGCGCUGAUAACACCGUUCGAUUGUGGGACGUGAAAAAGGGCAUUUCCGAUGAUUCGUACGAUGUAGAUAAUUUAUCAACAAAUAAAGUUAGAUCUCAAGAUA